AUGAAGCUGACUGGGCUCUUUCUGAUGGUGGUGGCGGUGUUCGCCCUGCUCCUCAGCCCUGCAGAGGCGGCUCCUGGCAAAAUACCAGUGAAAGCGAUCAAGAAAGGUGGCCAAAUUAUAGGAAAGGCGUUGAAUCGCAUCAGCAUAGCAAGCACUGCACACGAUAUCAUCAGUCAAUUCCAUCAUAAGAAGAAAAAACAUUAAAAUUGAAUAUAUUAGAAUAAUAUAUGCUUAUUAAUGUUAACGCAUUAAUAAGAUAUCUAGCUUAGCGCGUACAUUGUUCGUUUAUAAAUUUAAAUAGGUAUUUAUUGAUUUUUUUUAAAGUGAACUUAUUCAACACAUAAAGUGAAUAUAUUUUUAAGGUCAAUAAAUUAAAAAGUAUGUUUAGUUUUAUACAAUAAUUUCAGUAUUAAUGUAACAAAAUAUUUAAAUUUCAAUGUUCAGGUAUCGAAAACAAAUU